GAGGGGACGCCGAGGCCUCCGAGGUGGGUACGAGAAAGAAAGGGAAGCUGGAAUCAGGGCGUGGGAAGCUGGGCGCCUGCAUCCCCAAAAAUAGGGGUUAGACGCCUGGAUCCCGGGGCGCUGGGCCCGAACACCUAGAUCCUUCUUUCUUCGGCGGGGCGCCCACCGAUGCCUGCGGUGACUCAGCCUCUGAUCAAAUAGAAACCAGAAGCACGAGGUCCGUAUCCCUCGGGGUGGGGCACGGGGGGUUCUCCGCAGUUCAGGAGCUGCAAAGCCUGCAUGCGGGCUGGGAGCCUGGGUGCCUACCCAACCCCGGAGACAUUCCUGCCUCCUUCCCCCUUGCCCCCCGCAGGUAACUCAAUCCCCGGGGCAGAUUCCUUACCUCUCUGUGCCGGGCUACACCCGCCAGGUGAUCCGUCAUCGCAUGGCCCCCAGAUGCCCCUUUCUUCCCUUUUCAGAACUUUUCCACUCUGCUCCCCCCACCCUCCAUCUGGGAGACAAAUGUUUUCCUACCGCGAGCAGCUCCAGCCCUAAAUCGCUCUGGAUAAUUAUCACUUUCUUAGAUUUCAACAAAUGGCUUCGAGUGAAACCCCAGCCAUCCCCUCCCUUUCAGAAAAUCCGAGUUUUCUUCUCCCUCCCUCUCUCCCUGGUGACGGAGCUGCAGCCCAGCUGGGUGUGUUGGUUAAAGGUGCAGGAAGUUGAACCUACCCAGACUGCCCUUCCCAACUCCUGUGUGCCCUCUGGUGUCUGGGGAGGGGGAAGAAAGCCUGGACUGGCUGGGGAGAGGGCUCUGCAAAGAGAUGGUUAGUCAAGGACGCAGCCACCGGGAAACCCUGGAGUCAUCCAUCUCUGGACUGAACAGAGAGACCCCAGCUGGACUGGGCAGAGGGCACCCUGUGUGGGGCAAGGAGCUGUAGAAAUGAGUCAGAAACUAGGAAGGGUCUGGGGAAAGCAGGGAUUUCCAUCCUUCCUGUUAGUUCUUCUUGCAAUCUGACCACAGUGUUUCUUGUAUCAUGUCAGCCUUUCUUGCUCUACCCUUGUUGAAAUUAAAGAUCCAAAGGAUAAAAUUUUUCCCUUCAGAAAGCCUAGAUGCCAUUCCCUCCCCCAGCUUUGGAUUCUGGCCCCUCUCCCCAGUGGAUGAGGCAUUGGCCUGGCACAUCCCCAGGCCCCAGCUGGAAGAUAAGAUCCCAAGCCCAACCCUGUUGUCUGUCUGUCUUCAGUCUGUUUGUCCUCCCUGCGGGGUCUCUCAGAGCCACGUGCCCUCCUCAGGUCUUGCUGGGGGGGGCAGAUUGAAAACAGACCCGUUAGACAAACACAGUCCUGAAUCAGCCAAGGUCGGCUGAGCCUGGCCCCAGCUCCACAGGCACCAGAGGCUGGCUGGAGGGGCGCCUCCUCUGAACCCAGGCUUGCUUCCACAGGAACCUCAGUUCCUUCUCACCCCUCUUUUGUUCUAUGCAAGGGUCUCUCUCCUGAGGAGGGAUGCUCAGGUAUUUGCGGGACACCUGUCCCAUCCAGUAUGAUGGUCAUGGCACAUAGCUAGCUGCUCCUGUUCCUAUAACGGGAAAGAUGGAUGUUAUAUAGCAGGAUGGACUUCCCAGGUAGCACCAGAGGGAAGUAGCAGGAGCGGGAUGUGUCUCUUUCACCAAGUCAGUUGGUCCUGGGAACCUCCGUCAUUUCACCCUGGACCUAAGCGAUCCGCAGCCAAGAAGCGGGGUGCUGGGCCCCUUAGGGACAGGGCUCCCCCCCAUUCCCUUCUGUCUGGACUAGAGUGGGUCUGCUCUGGUGCCGCGGGGGAAGGGGAUUUGUUACUCUAUGGAGCCAGGUCUGCAGGAGGGCCAGGGGGUCUGGACUGCAUGGAGGGAUAGGGAAUCCCACUCGCCUGGCCCAGCCCAGCUUGGCCUCUUAUCCCCACCCAUUACUUCCCUGAAGGGUUCCGCUGCAGUUCAGGGCAGGAGGCCAGGCCAGGUGAAGCGGUGUAAAAGCUUGGACCUGGGCCCUGGCUAGAGGUGCCUCCCUGCCUGCAUGACAUCCUAUCAGAGGGCUGCCCUCUCCAGCUCCCCCACUCCUUUUAAAUAACUAGGAGCAGAGAGAAGGUGUCCAAUCUGGGAAGGAUAGGGGGACACGCACAGAGACUCUGAAUCCACAGAGGCUGAACGAGAAGACCUGACCCCUGAAGUGGGAUGAGUGAUCAUGGAGUUGGGGGCCACAUCAGGAGAGGGGACAGGAGUGUCCCUUGAGGGGAGGGGGACACAGGAGCCUUCCAGGAGGGCAAGCGAGCAGGAAUCUGAUGCAAGGAACUUUGUCUGAGCCCCCAACUCUGGCUUUUUCUUUGCCUUCCUUUUAUCAGUAAAAAUAACAACAGGAGUAGCUACUGUUUCCUGAGAACUUCAAGACGUGCCUGGCACUGUGUGUGCUAGGGCCUAAACACACGUCGUUCCAUCUGACAGGCUCUUGAAGAAGCUCUUGUCUCCAUUUUACAGUUGAGGAAUCUGAGGCUCUGAGAGAUUAAGCCAUUUGCCCAGGGUCACCCUGCCUGCAGGGGGGGUGAGCCGGGCAGAAACCAUGGCCUAAUGAAUCUUAUUUCACAGCCCGUGGUGUCCCCAGGCUGCUGACCAUUCUGUAGGGGGAGACAGCUGCCCCACCUCUUCCCUUGCUGAGAGUCUCCGCUCCUUCUCACCCCGGGGAAGGGAGGGACAGAGACUCAGCAAAUAAAGGCCAGCAGACAGAGGAGGUGAGUAGCCAGGCAGAGAAGUGGCCCCUCGUCAAGACAUGAGUAGUGAGGCCUGGCUGGGGAGGGCCUGCCCUGCACUCGGCGGUGGUGCAGACGCAGUGACUCUGAUGAGCCCGCCUCAGCAGCUGGUCUCAAGCAGGGUGGACAGAGGACCCAACGUGAGGUGAACGGAGCCAAGGGGUGAACGUGAUGCUGAGGAAGAUCGCCGUGGCUGCAGCAUCCAAGCCAGCAGUGGAGAUCAAACAGGACGGAGACACUUUCUACAUCAAAACCUCCACCACCGUGCGUACCACGGAGAUCAACUUCAAGAUCGGAGAAGAGUUUGAGGAGCAGACGGUGGACGGGAGACCCUGUAAGAGCCUGGUAAAAUGGGAGAGUGAGAACAAAAUGGUCUGCGAGCAGAGGCUUUUGAAGGGAGAGGGUCCUAAGACCUCCUGGACCAGAGAACUGACCAAUGAUGGAGAGCUGAUCCUGACCAUGACGGCGGACGACAUCGUAUGCACCAGGGUCUAUGUCCGAGAGUGAGUGGCCGUGGCCCAAGAGCCGCCAGAGCCUGCCACCAGCCCAUGCUCCCUGCUUCACUGCCCCAUAGGCUGCCCUUCCCCCAUUCCUUCUUUCUAGGCUAGUUCUCCCCUCACCCCAGUCACUUCUGGGGGUGCUAGGAUGCCUCCUGCAGGGGCUCUGCUUUCUUGGCCCCUCCUCUCCUCCCACACACCAACUAAGUGGGACGCAUGGCAGGAGCCCAGAUCACCUAUUCCAGAAUGACUCCCCUGACCCCAAGUCAGCAGUCCCAGCCCCAAACCAGCCCAGAGCACCAUCUGUCUCUUUUUCUGCAAGGGCGUGAGUGGGAAAGACCGGCCCUCUGUCUUCCACUCUUUGUCCCUGUAGCCCAUACAGUGUAGAAUAUUUAUUGGUUAAUUUUAUUAAAAUGUUUUAGAAAAUAAAA